AUGUUCCAGUCAAUCCAGAAGCACAUCCAUGACCACUUACUUGAACACAGGACCCGACAGACAAGACUUGUCACCAAAGAUGGUCACUGCAACAUUGAGUUUGGCAAUAUUGAUUAUUCAAGGAACUUCGCCUUCCUUAGGGACUUUUGGAACACAUUUAUAGAGGUGCGCUGGCGCUUCGUGAUAUUCUUCUUUGCCGCGGCCUUUUUAGGAAGCUGGUUCUUUUUCGGACUGCUGUGGUACUCAAUCGCCAGAGGAAAUGGGGACCUGGAAAGUCAAAAUUCGACCAGUGACCACAUUAAGUGUAUAGACAAUAUCAAUGGACUGACCACUGCAUUCCUGUACUCGCUGGAGACGCAGACGACGAUUGGAUAUGGAGGACGAGCUCUCACUGGACACUGUGCAGGCACAGUUGCUCUUCUCGUCAUCCAGUCGCUCAUAGGUGCAAUUAUUAAUUGUUUCAUGUGUGGACUCAUUUUGGCUAAAUUAUCUCUCCCUAAGAGAAGAGCCAAAACAAUUACCUUCAGUGAGACGGCAGUUAUUUGUCUGAGGAAGGGAAAUCUAUGCCUCCAGGUAAGAGUGGCUAACUUACGGAGGACGUUGCUGAUUGGAAGCCAAAUCUACGGCAAGCUGCUGAGGAAUUCUGUCUCGCCGGAGGGAGAAAGCAUCGUUGUGGAACAGGAAAAUAUUGAUUUUUCGGUGGACGCAGGCAAGGAUAACCUCUUUUUUGUCUGCCCAGUAACGCUGUACCAUGUCAUUGACAAGUCCAGCCCCUUCUCUGAAAUGGCUGCUGACACCUUACGCCAGCAGGAGUUUGAGCUCGUGGUCUUCCUUGACGGCACGGUUGAAUCAACCAGCUCGGCCUGUCAGGUGCGAACAUCCUACAUUCCGAGGGAGAUUCAGUGGGGAUACAAAUUUGCUCCCAUUGUCUCACGCACCAGCGGGGGCAAGUACCACGUCGAUUUUUCUAACUUCUCCAAGACGGAGCCUGUGGACACCCCUCACUGUAUCUGCUGCUUCCAAAAAGAAACAUCUUGUAGCCUCAGCCUCUGUCAACGUGGACAGCAGGGCAUUGAUAACCUUGGAUUUGAGGUGAUCAACCUUCAAGACUCCAUGGACAUUACCGAGAUGUAA